GAUGGAUAAUGUUGAUAUUGAUAGCACACAACACAACACAACACCUUCUUCUCUUUUCCCCCAUUAUCUCCUUCCUUCCUUCUCCGACAAUGGCUACUUUCCUAACAGCUGUCGUUUCAAUCAAACCCACACUCUUCUCAUUCCACUCCGAGUCCUCCCCCUCUUUGCAAUCUCAAACCAAUGCAUUCGCUCUCAAGGCCAAAGCCUUUCCUUCUGUCCCCACAGCCAUCUCUCUUCCACGGACCUCCAGGAUGAGACUCAUCCCUCGCGCAACGUUGGAGACGGAAGAAAAACCCGCUUUGGACCCUAACGCAGAAUCCUCAAGACGCGUCUACAUCGGAAACAUACCAAGAACCGUAACUAACGAACAGCUCACCAAACUCGUCGAAGAACACGGCGCCGUUGAACAAGUCCAGGUGAUGUAUGAUAAGUACUCAGGAAGAAGCCGUAGGUUUGGUUUCGCCACAAUGAAAUCAGUUGAAGAUGCCAAUGCCGUCAUUGAGAAGUUGAAUGGCACUACAAUUGAAGGACGUGAGGUGAAGGUUAAUAUUACAGAGAAACCUAUAGAAUCAUCAUCAUCAUCGUCUCCUGAUUUGUCGCUGCUUCAGUCUGAAGAUGCAGCUUUUGUGGAUAGUCCUUACAAAGUGUAUGUAGGGAAUCUAGCGAAGAGUGUUACUAAAGAGAUGCUUGAGAGUUUGUUUUCUGAGAAAGGGAAAGUUCUGAGUGCUAAGGUUUCGAGAGUGCCUGGUACUUCGAAAUCUACUGGGUUUGGGUUUGUUACGUUUUCUUCUGAUGAAGAUGUCGAUGCUGCUAUUUUGGCUCUUAACAACUCUUUGCUGGAAGGACAGAAGAUUCGGGUGAACAAGGCGUAGUGUGUGAGAGAGGGCGAGUCUUUUGGCAGAAUCGUUUUUGUGUUGUAUUGAGGAGUUUGUAAUGCAAAACAUUUAGAGCAUAGUAUCAUUAUCUUUUUAAUCAUUCUAAGUUGAAAAAAAAAAUGAAAACAUUAAAGUUUAUUUCA